GACCCCAGGAGCAGGACAGCGGAAGCCCUAUCCCGGAAGCGGCGUGCGAGACGUCAUCAGAACAUGGCGGCCUGAGGCAAAGGCGCUCCUUCCUUUCCCCUCCGCAGAUCAGAACAAAGAGGCUGCAGCUGCUUAUCAAAAUGCAGUAUUCCCAUCACUGUGAGCACCUUCUAGAGAGACUGAACAAGCAGCGAGAAGCUGGCUUCCUGUGUGACUGCACGGUGGUGAUUGGGGAAUGCCAGUUCAAGGCACACAGGAACGUGCUGGCCUCCUUCAGCGAGUACUUUGGUGCAUUUUACAGAGAUGCAUCUGACAACAACGUCGUGUUGGACCAGACUCAAGUGAAAGCUGAUGGAUUCCAAAAACUCCUGGAGUUUAUUUAUACAGGAAACUUAAACCUUGACAGCUGGAAUGUAAAAGAAAUCCACCAGGCUGCUGACUAUCUCAAAGUAGAAGAAGUGGUCACGAAAUGCAAAAUCAAGAUGGAAGACUUUGCUUUUAUUGCUAAUCCCUCUUCCACAGAGACAUCCAGCAUCACUGGGAACGUUGAACUGAACCAGCAGACUUGCCUUCUGACUCUCCGAGAUUACAACAGCCGGGAGAAAGCAGACACUGCUGCUGCAGAGCUGGUUCAACCACAGGCAAAGAGAGCAGCUCUAGAAAAGAAAUCUCCUCAGCCAAAGAAGCGAAAGAAGAACUUCAGCUCCCCCAAAAGCCUACAGAACAAAUCUGUGCAGUAUCAGAACGACGUGACCGAGAACACGUCCAUUGCAAUGUUUCUGGAUGCAAACAAGCUGGCCACCCAGAUCACGGAGCAGGCUGCCCAGGGCAGUGACAACUCUGAGCUACAGCUGGCAUCUGUGGUGGAAAGCGAAACGCUGGCAGCGCAGGAUAUCCUGGUCCAGACCAUUGCAGCGAAACAGAAGCGGGGCAAGCCCCAGCAGAGCUGUGCGCUGAAGGAGCACUGCAUGUCUAACAUAGCCAGUGAAAAGAAUGCUUACCAGCUGGAGAGCUCAGCAGAAGAGCUGGACCAGAAGUACUCCAAAGCCAAGCCAGUGUGCAACACCUGUGGAAAGGUCUUCUCAGAAGCGAGUAGCCUCCGUCGGCACAUGAGAAUACACAAAGGAGUGAAACCCUACGUGUGUCAGCUUUGUGGGAAAGCCUUCACCCAGUGCAAUCAGUUGAAAACACAUGUAAGGACUCACACAGGGGAGAAGCCAUACAAAUGUGAACUCUGUGACAAAGGCUUUGCUCAGAAGUGCCAGUUGGUGUUCCACAGUCGGAUGCACCAUGGAGAGGAGAAACCAUACAAGUGUGAUGUCUGCAACCUGCAGUUUGCAACGUCAAGCAAUCUGAAGAUCCAUGCCAGGAAGCACAGUGGGGAGAAGCCCUACGUGUGUGACCGGUGUGGGCAGCGCUUCGCCCAGGCCAGCACGCUCACCUACCACGUGCGCCGCCACACCGGGGAGAAGCCCUACGUCUGUGACAGCUGUGGAAAAGCCUUUGCUGUCUCCAGCUCUCUCAUCACCCAUUCCCGAAAACAUACAGGAGAGAAGCCAUAUAUCUGUGGCAUUUGUGAAAAGAGUUUUAUUUCCUCUGGAGAGCUCAAUAAACAUUUUCGGUCCCAUACAGGUGAAAGACCAUUUAUCUGUGAAAUGUGUGGAAAUUCUUACACAGAUAUAAAAAACCUUAAGAAGCACAAAACAAAAGUUCACACAGGAUCUGAGACUUCCCCUGAUUCUAAUGCACUUGAUAAUUCUUUCAAUGAACAAGAAUCCAUCCAGAAUCAGAAGAGUCCUUUAUCAGAGUCCAUAGAUGUGAAACCCUCUGAGAUGUCUUUAGCACUUCCUCUUCCCAUUGGGACUGAAGACCAUCAGAUGCUGCUUCCCGUGACGGGCAGUCAGUCUCCUUCAUCAGAAACAUUGCUAAGGUCUGCUGUGACUGGCUAUUCAGAACCUCAGUUUAUUUUCUUGCAGCAGUUGUACUGACAGUGCAGAGCCUUCAGGGUCCCUUGGUGGUGAACCUGCACAUGUUGGGUAAGACAAACAGGAUCAAGCAAGCAGUCACAAUUUUUGAACUGGACCCGUUGUUUUUGUUCCCCUGUGUGAAGCCACUUGUCAGGCAUUUCCGUUGUGCAGUGCUGUCUUUCAGGCUUUGUUGAAUUGUCCUAGUCUACAAUCAAACUUCUAUUUGCAAUUAACACUGAUUUCCAGGAGACAAUUCUUUUCCAGCAUCACCUGCCUUAAGAAUUCUCUGUUCAAUCUGUUGAUGUGUUUUGGAGAUCUCCUUCCAUGUUCCUGCUGGUCUGAUAUGUCACAGCGUCACUUGAGAACAGACAUUCGAAGCCAUACUUGAUAGUUAAUAGCAUUAACCCAGGGGUCUAAGGGGAAAAUCAGAAGUUGAAUGUAGCAACCAGUUUGUACUCCUGCAUUCCACGGUGGUAGAAUGGUGGAUGGAAGGUAGGCCGGUGCUCUGGUGAGGUGCUUGCAGUUACUGCUGUCUGCCAGAGCAGCUGCCUUCAGCUGCAAGUCUGACCACAGGGAAAGAAAGUUUUGUGCAUUUUUUUUUCCUGUGGUGUGGUAAGUCAGAGGGUUCUAAUGGCAUAGAUACUGAGGAGUAUUCUUUCCAUCAGGGCACUCUUUCUUUUGUUUUUGUUGGUUUGUUUUGUUUUUUUCAAAUGAAUCCAUCAUUGUUGCAUCCCAUCCCAGAUUCAUUUUUCACGUCCCUACAGCGGCCUGGUUUUGGCACAAACAGCAACAUUGGCACCAAGGAGAGCUGGAGCGCAUGUGUAGCAGAUGAGAUGAAAAGAUGCAUUGGCUUAAUCAAGGCACGAGUCAUGGCUUCAGAAUCCUUUCUUUUUUUUGACGGUAGUGCUGCUUCUUGUGCUAGACAAUAGGUACAAAAGAAAAACUAAAUCCUGCCUCUCACUGUGAAAACAAGAAGUGAAUGCUACACGAGUGGGCAUUAUGGAAGAGCACAACAGAGCAGGCUGAUAUUUUUCCAGGCAAGGGUUUGUCAGAGUAGGGCUGAUUGGUUUUCACUAAGUGUUUAUGUAUUGCUUUACCCCUCACCUCACUUGUCCAUAGUAGCUGCACAAACUGGUAUGUAGCAAGACACCUAUCAAGGUGUGUUCAUCACUAGCCAUGUAUGUUUUGAAAAAGCAACACUUCAGUGUCUUGGUAGGGUCCUUAGUUAAAAGACUGAGUGACAACAGGAGUACUUCUCUACUCCAUUUUGCCAGUUUGUGCCAAUAAUGUGAUAUAAGUAUUAUUUAAGUAAUCAUCCAGUAGUUCUAAUACUCUACCAACAAUGCAUUUAAAGAGAUGGUUUGUUGGUAAUUACUUGGUGCUAGCAUUUUAUUUCCACUGAUGCCUUGUGUCCGGUCACUGAUACAUAGAAGAGCACAGGCAAUACCUCUUAGCUGAUUCUGUUCUACAUGGAGUAAUAAUUAAUCUGCACCUUAAUUAAACAGACUUGUGAAAAUUUUCUUGUAGGAUUUCAUUUAAAUACUCUGCAAGAGGUCCCUUGACUCCAGAGCAUGACUGUAGAUUAUUUUUUUCUCUUCCUACAUUUGUACUUGUAACAGACCUUGUGCUUCUUUCUGUUGAUCAUCUUAGUGCGUGGCAUGUGUAAAACUCUGCUUCUUGAUGAUCUUAUUUUAUGCUCUGAUACGUGGCAGAUGUGCUGAAAAAGUCCAGCAUGGACAGCAAGAAGUAUGACUGUGUUCACCAGGAGCUUCUUACCGCAGGCAUCUCUAACUCUGUCCACGGGAGUGAAUUCUUGCCAUUCCUGCCUCACUUUUAUUUUGUUUGCUUAUCUGUACUACAGCAUUUAUGAACAGCUGAUGUUCUUCAUCAUGCUGGCAAAGGACAAUGGAUGAAGUUCUCUGGUACUUUUAUCUGUUUGAUUGGCAUUUCCCCUUUUCCUCCUCCCUUUUUUUAGCUUCUGUUGUUGAUGUAGCACCUGAAGGAUUCCUUGGCCCUGCUAAGACUGAAGAACCACAAAGAUCAGGAUCUUGACUCUGUAUAAAAAAGCAAACUCUGUGUAGCUUGUCCUAAGGUUCCUCUUUACUUUCUCUCUCUGAAAAUAGGGACAGAGAUAGGCUUAGUCAUGAAUACUGAAGAACAAUGCCAUACAACUGAUAAAUUUCAUGUUUAAACAGCUUUGGAAGAUAAACUAAUGAUAUGCUGCUGUUUUCUGAGGAGAAGUAGCUGAAGGUUAAUGUAUCCAGGGGGAAUGACCACAAGAGAGAACUAGCUCUUGAAAAAAAAUACUUUUAAAUCAAUUACAUUCCUACAUAGAAGAUGCAUUCCAUAACAGUGUUUGUUUGGACUGUUUUUAUAUUCCUAAAGCUAUAGCUUCUUACUGUAUUCUUAGAUUUCAGACUUUUUUAACAAAUACAGUGCUUAGAUUUAUACAGGAUUUGUUAAGAUACUUAUAACAGUCACACUUCCUUUAUUAGUCAUUUAGUUUUCUUUAUAGACAAGAAGAUAAUCAUUAUUUUUUACAAGACAACAAUUUUAACCUUUCUUACUAGAAUACACAGGCUUGUAGUUUGGUCUUGGAGCAAUAAUUUAGUGCCCUGCACUCUUGAGUCCCCAUCUGAGAGUCUUGAUUUUUAAUCCUCAUCUUUUGUGAAGAUAUCUCAGCUGCUGAGGUGUGAGCUCUAUGAACUGUAUUCAUUUAUUAGAAUAUAGAUUUUAAAUAUAUAAAUAUAUAUAUAUAAAAAUAUAUAAAUACUUGUAGGUGUGUUGAGGCUGGGUGCUGCAGGACCUGAAGAAGCAGGUCUGUACUGUACCUUUUGCCACUAGAUGCAUGGAAAUCAGCUGCACAUCCAAUCCUAGGCUUAAGGAUUCUGAGUUCAUUUUGGAGAGGUACAAGGUUUUUAACAGUGUUGAUCAUUUCUGUGAGGGAUUUAUGUGGGGAAGCACAGAAUCUUUUGAGGCAGACAUCUUGAGACCUACCUGCAAAAGGAAAGAGGAAAUUUCAAGAAUUCCAUUAAUUUGGAGAAAAUGGCAUGAUUUGUCACACAGCUGUUUCAGUACUGUUUCAGUCAAUUUUGCUCUUAAGCUGGUGCAAGUUUUGUCUGAAAAUCUGCACCCAGAAAUCUCGGAAUUGGCCAUUUGGAAAUAGUUACAUGAGAACAGCUCCCUGUAUGACACUUGCUUCCAAAUCUGUGCCUCACAAGGGCACAAAGCACAGCAGCUUCUGAAAGGAUGUGUUUCAAAAUCUUUUGUCAAGUACAGAUGAGCCCCCUGCCAAGGAUUUCAGGGCUGUGGUUUUGGAGAGGCUAUUGAUAAGCCUUGCAGAAUGAAAUUCAGAUAAGGACUAAUAACUGAUUUUUCGGUUAAAUUAUUUUUGAAGUAUCUUUCAUGUAUAUACUUUUUUUUUUUUUCCUGUGUUGGUUGUAUAUACCUCAACUCUCAAUUUUAUAAUCCCCUGGGAAGGGAGGGAGUUGUACAUACUUAGCCUGAAGUGGUUUAUGUUAGACUUUAAUAAAGUUGUUUUGUAAUUUUCCCUCA